AUGGCAGCCACUAUUUCCAUCUCAUUCAACGACCUUGGCCGAGCAUCAACCCUGCCAUCGAAUAAUAACCCCGGACUUGACUUUCUCCCGCCAGAGGUCAGGUUGCUUAUUUAUGAGUUCACUCUGGUAGAAGUCCCAAGAUGGGACAAGAAGCACAAGUUCGAAUGUAAAUACAGGCCCGGAAGCGCCCAGGGUUUCGAGCCACCUCCAUUUGCACAGUCUAAAAUCACCGUGAGCGAGUCUCCAUGGAGGACCAAGACAGAAACGCCAUGCUCCUGUGCCAAGCGACAAGGUCUCUCGCUCUUGAGGGUUUCUAAAUCUCUGAACAAAAUUUGUUCUCCCAUUUUCUGGUCGCAAAAUACCUUCUGCUUCCUGGAUGCGGUUGAGUUUCUCGCUCUUGUGGGCCACUCUCUCCGCCCAGAGCUUCGGGAUCAGAUUCGAGAUAUUAGCAUCAUGAAUCCCGAUCACACCGGCGAUUCAGAACACAUCCGAGCACCGAGGGCGCGCUUCCGCUACAGGAGAUCGUUCUGGGAAACGCUCCUGAAAUGUCGAGGGCUGGAGAAGCUUGACAUUCCCGCGGCGUACAUCGAGUCCACCCGUGUCCUGGAAGUAGCCGACUAUCUCAACCGUUUCAACGAGAAUGUGCCAAAUCUUUCACGUCUUCACCUCAACUUUCUUCUAGCGCGUAGCUCAAAACUGUAUUCAAACAGUUAUCCAUCGCCUUGGAUGGAUGAAAUGGCUCCCCAGGUCGUCUACGCAAAGUUUUCGGGUCAAAUUCACCUAUCUAACAAGGAAAACGGUCUCUGGAUUCCCGAUGGAGUCGAUGACCUUUGGCAUGAUCUUUCUAAUUUCCAAAUUCAAGUCGACAGGGCAAUAAAGCUUAGGUUCUUCGGCUUAACGACAGCCACCCUUCACCAGUACUGGCUGAAUUUCAAGCUUGUUGAAGGUUUGAACCACACCAGCGACACGCGCCGUAUCACACUGCCUUCAGGGCAGAGAGCUCUGGUCAAAUUCUACGGGGUGCCUUAUUCUUCAAGGGCCAGCCGGGCCAGUUCCCGAUACAAAUUGUUCCAGGAGCGAAAGAAGCGUGAGGAAUUGACAGAAGCUUCUCGGAAGGAUUUGAAGAAGAAAUUUAAGGAAGCCCGCAGGUCAUCUCGUGAAACGAAAAUCGAGGGCGAAACCACAAACCAACAAAAAGCUCAAUCGGAUCGUGAAAUGCGGCGGCUGGCACUAGAAGCCGAGAAAAAGCUAUCAUUGAGGAAGGAGAGGCAAAAGAAACUGCGGCUAGCAAAGACAACGAGCGAAAUCCGAGCUUGGGGGAGAAAACGAGUACCAAAUGCAUCAAGUCGAUACUAG